GCAUCAUUCGACAUAUUCUGAAAUGGAGUGGGGGGUUUUUCAAUACAGUAUUUGAAAUACAGUAUGACCACAAAAGGCUGUAACAUCAAGUCAUGUCUGCCACCAAGGAAACAUCCAACAUAAGCGGUUAUCAUGAUAAAACCCCUAUUUACAUAGAUGAGGAGAUUCUGCAGGAGGCCGUACUCGAGCAAGGUCUCCAAGAUCAAGCUGAACGCAUUGCCAAGAAAGAGGGAAUCCUCUAUCAGGAGGCCCUCAGAUUGAGUCUGGAAUACAGAAACAUCCAGAAGAUUGACCACUUGUGGGAGUUCUCUUCGCUAACCAAGUUAAAUCUCAACAACAACUUCAUCAAGAAGAUUGAAGGAUUGGACCAUCUCGUUAACCUGACAUGGCUCAAUCUGUCAUUUAACAACAUCAAGAAAAUCGAAGGUCUGAAUGGUCUCCAGAAGCUGGAAGUGCUGAAUUUGUCCAACAACAGAAUUUCUCUCAUUGAAAACAUGGACAGCCUGAUGGAGCUAACCAUUUUCUGCAUUGCAAACAACAAGCUCCAUCAACUGAACAAUGUGGUCUAUCUGCGAAAGUUCAAGAAACUCUUCACCCUCAAUAUUGAUGGAAAUCCUAUCCCAGAGGAGAACAAUGAGGAAAAGUACACCCUUUUCCUCGUGGCCUAUUUUCAGCAAUUGAAGUUCCUGAACAACAUAUUUAUCGAUGAGGAUAUAAGGAACAAGGCCUCCGCCAAAUACAACCUUGACAUUGAGGAGAUGAACCAGGGGGAGCUACAGGCACAACAAGCUGCGAAGGAAAAGCAAGAACAGGAAGCGAUUCUACAAAUGCAUGAGGAUGCUUUUGUGGAGCAGAUGAAUGGAGAUUAUCUGUACAAGAACAUCAUCCAAAAUGAUACAGAGUUAAAAAAACUACAGUGCCUGCCGGGAGUGGACGAGUUGCUUGAGGCGUUCGAGCAGCGUCUCGUGGACCUGUGCAACCAGCUCUUUGAUGUCGGCUUGGCCGAGUAUAAGCGAAGAGAUGUCGAGGUGAACUCGUUCUUCUGUCGACUACAAACAGACGUGAAGGAUAGCCAAUCCAGAGCAUCCAAAGUGUUGGCUGAUUUUCAGAGGGAACAUAAGCAGAGAACAGUGGAUCUGGACGAGGCGCCUGAGGAGGAAAAGAAGAGCAAGAUGGACAUCUGCCUCAAAGAAAUCAAUGUUUUGUGCUACAACAUGAUGGCAGUGGAAUUUCAACUCUACAGCUACCUGGAGGAAACAAUCAGAAAGUUUGACAGCAACAUCUCGGAGAUGAUCGGCAGCUUCAGUGAAACAGCUCAAGGCAUAUUCGUCCACUGUCGAGAGCUGGAGGACAGCCAUCAUCAGAAGGUAACACAAAUCGCCGUCAACACACUGGAGUUGGUGGCUAAGGGAGAAGCCGAAGAGGAUUUUCCAGAUGACGUUCGAAUGCUGUUCUUGGACAAAAACACAGUGAUGGACACGUUGGCUGCCAGCCAUGACAACCAUCUACAGACAAUCAAUGACAGGGAAACUCAGCUGGUUACACGCGCCGAGGCCUGGAAAGUGGCCCUCAUCAAAGGGAUUGAAGACACAGAACUGAAGAGGAACCGAAUGCGCAUCGCAGAUAUCCAUAGAUAUGGCGACUAUUUGAGGGAGAGGCUGAAAGAGUGGAUGUAAUGCAUUUUGAAUAGUGUUGUGAG